UCUGACUUCCACAAGUCCCACCAGACACCCCGACGACCGCAAACCAGUUCUAACUCAGACAAAAGGGACUUGGAUCUUAAGAAAAGUCCAUCUUCAGCCGUCUGCCUCGCCCAACAUUCCCGCUCAGCUCUCGAACAUGAACGUCGAUACCAUUUCCGACUUCCUGGCCGAGCAGCGGGACAGCGCUCCAGAGGAGCUGCAACCGCUUGUGCUCGAGUUUGAGACACUAUGGGAACGCAAGUUGUGGCAUCAGCUCACAAACCAGCUCAUCGAAUUCUUCAACCACCCAGCCAGCGGCCCGCAGCGCCUACAGUUCUACAAGGUGUUCGUCCUCAAGUUUGCCGACAAGAUCAACCAGCUCAAGCUCGUCGACCUUGCCCUGAAGGCAGCGACACAAUGUAGAGACAACCAAGAACGCCUCUCCUUCAUGGAGGCGGUCGUCAAGAAGGUGGACAACGAAGACUCGCAAGACGCCCUCGUAUUCGCGACCAUCGCCGUGGCGCGCGUCAAGCUCGACCUGGGCGACCUCGACGGCGCAAGGAAAGACCUGGACCGGGCGGAGCGGGUGCUCGACAGCUUCGACUCGGUCGAGACCAUCGUGCACGCGGCCUUCUACGGAGCCAACGCCGACUACUAUCAGGCCAAGGCCGACUUCGGUUCGUACUACCGCAACGCGCUGCUCUACCUGGCAUGCAUCGACAUCAAGUCGCUGUCUCCCGCCGAGCGGCGCAACCGCGCGCACGACCUCGCGCUCGCGGCGCUGGUCAGCACCAGCAUCUACAACUUUGGCGAGCUGCUGCUGCACCCGAUCCUCGACGCACUCUCGGAGCGCGGAGAGGACGCGUGGCUGCGCGAGCUCCUCUUCGCCUUCAACCGCGGCGACCUGGCAGCGUACGAGACGCUGGCGGACCGCAUCAAGUCGAACCCGCUGCUCGCCCAGCACGGCCGCCAGCUGCGCGAGAAGAUCUACCUGGCGGCGCUGACCGAGGCGGUGUUCCGGCGGCCGCCGCACGACCGCGCCAUGACGUUCGCCACCAUCGCGGCCGAGACCAAGGUGCGGCCCGAGGAGAUUGAGCACCUGAUCAUGAAGGCCCUUAGCCUGGGAUUGUUGCGCGGCACCAUCGACCAGGUCGACGAGGUGGCGCACAUCAACUGGGUGCAGCCCAAAGUGCUGGACAUGAAGCAGAUCGACAACAUGCGCGCGCGGCUAAAGGAGUGGGACUUGAGCGUCAACCAGCUGGGCAACUGGAUCGAGAACGUGGGGCAGGACGUGUGGGCGGUGUAAGGGAGGUGUGGGAUGGCAAACUGAAUCUCAAGUACAGACUCACAUAGAUGCUGCCUUGUACGAUAUGGCAUGGGAAAGACUUUUCUCGAGUCUGUGAAUGACAAGGCUGGGCUGCAAGCCAGUCGAAUCCGGCAUUGCCACAAUGAAAUGCUAAAUGCUAUGGGUAUCAUAUCCCCUCCUCCGUACUAUUCACACCUGGCCCCACGCCUUACAUCCUUCCUAUCCCACCUGUCC